CUCCAGGCUCCAUCUCUCGCUUGACGAUGGUGGCGGUGGUGGUGGUGGUGGUGGUGACGACGGAGAGGUCAGCGGGCCUCCAUUCUUCGCACCCGCUUCAUUCGACGGUGGACCGGAUUAACGAAUCUGGGCCGUUCAUCGGGGUGGUGAUGGCGUAUCCGCCGGAGGCCGACGCUCUCCGAGACUCCGGGAAUUUCUUGCCCCGCUCUGACGUGCCCUUCGUUGACCUCUACGGACGGCGGUUUCACAUUGGGAGCAUUCAUGGUGUAGAGGCCAUUUACGUCAUGUCCGGCCAACGAAGGUUGAAUGCAGGAAUAACAGUUCAGAUCCUGCUAGACGUCUUCGAUGUAUGGGGAAUAGUUCACUACGGAGCAGCUGGAAGCGCAGAUGACUCUAUAUCCUUUGGCGAUGUUAGCGUGCCCAAAUUUGUUGCUUUCACUGGCUCAUGGUCAUGGACGAAAUUUGGCUCGAAGACGAAAGAAGAACCCCCAGAGCUGAGAUUCGGCGAGUAUAGCAUUCCCUCAGUGGGCAGGAACGCGCUAUCAGGAGUGGAAUUUAAACCUGAAGAACUUUACUCGGUUGGCAAACCGAUGGAAGAAGUAUUCUGGAUGCAAGUAAAUCCGGAAUGGUACCGAGUUGCAGAAAAACUCGAUGUGGAGUUACAAAGAUGUGUCAAUGAGACUUACUGCCUACCCGAGACUCCCAAAAUACUUCCUGGUAUAAAUGCAUCAACUGCUGAUGUAUUUGUGGACAAUGCAGCUUUUCGCCAGUUUCUUUUUGAAGAAUUCGGAGUCUCAACAGUCGACGAGGAGAGCGCAGCGAUUGUCAUGACGGCGAUGUCUCCUGGCGUACCUGUGAUUGUGUUUAGAGGGGUUUCGGAUUUGGCUGGAGGAGAAGAGACAUUGUCGUCGACGAGUCUGAUGGAUUUAGCUUCUGUAAAUUCUCUUAAAGCCGCGGUUGAAUUUGUUCGGGUGAUUGGGAAGAAGAAGCCAUUGCAAAUUUGAAAGUAUACUAUGUCAAAAUUGAACAUUUGAACUAUUUCCACAUUAUUUUUACUGUGAAGUGUGCUAUGAUUCUAGAGAAUAUGUGAACGAAGGAAAGAAACUUAUUUGUAUCUCUCUAAAAGGUAUUUAACAAUAUAUUUUACAAGGUUGAAGUGUAG